CGCUUCUUCUGACUCAAUUUACUGUGGAGCACACAAGUGGCCCUCAGAAGAAAAUAGCUUUGCAAAGAAAGGCUGAGGUCAGGGGUCAUAUUUGAGCCUUCCCAUCGGGAACCACGUUUUUGUGAUCAAAUUUGUUGGAGACACAAAAAAGCCACUGUAUCAUAUAUCAAACACACUCAAGUGUAGAGACAGCACAGUAUGCCAGCAACAGUUACCACAGCCCAGCCUGGGAGAGUAGAGACUCAACUCCAUUAAACUCUGCCCCUGAACAGAAGCUGCUGGUUAGUCUCUUGCUACUCAACCAGCUGUAAUAAAGCCACGCCAGCAGCAGAACUCCAUCUCCUCUGCUCAACUCUUGUCCUUUACUGCUGCACAGGCUGUUGAAAGAUCAACAUUCUGGACUAGAGUCAUCUAUCAACAUCUGGAUUUCUCCUCGCAAUCACGCCAUUCCUUGUCUCUAGAGGGAAGUGCAGUUUGGAACAUAUUUUUGUUUUCUUUCAAAUAAUGAAGAUGGAGUCCCCCCUGACAGAACUUCCCACCAUGUUGUCCAAUCAAUCCAUGGAGAGCUGUCCACCUGUGGAUAAUACAGUGGAGAAUAUGGUGUUUGGAUUGUACUACAUCAUCAUUUUCCUCAUGGCACUGAACGGCAAUAGUCUCGCUCUGUGGAUCUUCACUCGCCAGAGAGGCCCCUCUUCUCCAGCCAAUGUCUUCCUGCUCCAUCUCGCUGUAGCUGACCUGUCUUAUGUCUUCAUCUUACCCCUCAGGGCCACUUAUCAUUUAACUGGCGGACACUGGCCAUUUGGUGAAGUCCCCUGCCGUCUCGCGGGCUUCCUCUUCUAUGUCAACAUGUAUGCUAGUUUGUACUUUCUGGCUUGUGUUGCAGGUGAUAGAUACCUUGCUGUAGUACAUGCUGUACGUUCCCUCAAGGUCAGACACCCUCGCUACGCUCACAUAGUCAGCAUUGCACUUUGGGCUUUGGUGACAGUGUCUAUGGCACCCCUACUGGUCACCCAUCAGACUGCGGAAGUGAAUGGCUCUACUGUAUGCUUACAGCUGUACAGAGAAAAGGCCUCAAGCCGUGCUCUUGUCUCCCUCAUCGUGGCGUUCACACCCCCUUUCCUUGCCACCCUGUCUUGCUAUCUGCUAAUAGUGCACAGUCUGCGGAAGGGCUCAAGGUUGGAGCCUGCUCUGAAACUCCGAGCUCUCCGCACGAUUGGAUUGGUCAUGCUAAUCUACAUAGUGUGCUUUUUGCCCUAUCACUUAAGUCGUGCAACUUUUAUUCUGGGUUAUGGACACCCAGAUCUGUCCUGCCAAAUAAAAAGAGGGCUUGCUCUGGCCAACCGCCUUACUUCUUCUCUAACCUGCCUAAAUGGAGCUCUGGAUCCCCUGGUCUACUUGUUUGCUGCUGAGAAGUUCAGGGGGAGUGUUCGCAGGCUUCUCUGCAGACAGAAGUCAGGGGGAUCCAGUGCAAAUAGCGGAGAUCUGAAAGGAACUCAUGAGAGCUCUCUGAGUGCAAAGUCUGAGGUCUGAGAGAAUGGUUAAUUGGUACAUUGGUGGUUUUGAUUUAAAAGUGGUAUGAUUAGUUACCAUCUGUUUAAGUGAUUUGGCCCAUACUUCCUGAUUGUAAACACUUUGUUUGGUGGUCAAUUAAAGCUGAAGUGUGCAAUUUCUGCACCACUAGCAGCACCAAACAGAACUGCUAAAAUAAUAACUGUUUAAAAACAGAUUCCAGAAAACUCCCAGUCUUCCAUUGGUUGGACAAACAGAUAGUCACACCUCAAACUCAUACCGUUGGUUGAGCCACUGUUACCAACAAGAUCAGUCAGGAAAUCAACAUGUUGUUUCUGAAUGUUUGUCUGCCCUAAAAUUUACCCCAUGCCAAAAAAUUACUGGCAUCUUCCAUCAGACAGUUUUACAUAAUUUCAAAUGUGUUUACCUUUCCCUCUGGCAUUACUGAUAGCACAGUAUUUGAGCGUUUUGGUCCUGUGGAAACCGUGAAGUAAUCGCAUUCACUUAAACAGCAGUUGUUGCAUUUUUGCUUUAAAAUUACAUUUUUACUCCACUGAGGGUUAGGUUAAGGGUUGAGGUUUGGGUGUGGGUGUAGGGUAAAUAUAAUAUGACUUCCUGUUGACUCUAUUACAUCCUUUACAACCAAAAAUACAACUUGAUUUUGGCGUCACUCUGUGGACAUUUCAUCCGGAAUCUGGAGCUCACCAGUGCCCAUACGUUCAACAGCACUUCCAGCUUCGGCCACUAAGGGCAGUGGUUCGAAUUUCGGUAUGCACAGACCAAUUUCAGCAGUAGAACUUUCAACCUACUAUUGGUGAAUUCACAUUGCGAUCAGAUUGGUCUUUCUGUGUUUAGCUGCACAGUUCACAAACAAAAUGUGAAAUAUUUUGAAAGCUCCACAGAACUAUGAUAUUUACACUUUUGAGUGAAGUCAAUCUACAAAUCGCUUAUAGUUCUCUGCAUAUUAAGCUGGGAUACAAGAACGAAAAAAGAACACAGAAAAAAUUACAUACAUCAGGAAUAACUUUAAACAGUCUAACAUUUCACAAAGCAUGUCAUAUGGGCAUGUUUAGGUAAAAGUAAUUUGGGCGGAAAAAAACUAAUGUGACUGAAAUUUCAGUACUAGUGACAUGAAUUUAUGUAUCAGCCAGUUGCCAACUUUAGCAAUCAUGGGUGGUGAAAGACUCCAUUAAGGCUCAAGAAGACAUAUAAAAGUGUAUGUGAGUGUGUGGAGCCUUUAAAAAAAAAAAAUUAAAAAUUAAAAAAAACUAAAAAAAAAAAAAAAAAA